AUGGCUGAGCGGGGCGGUUUCUACCGAAGACCCCCCCUUGCUUACCUCUCCCCCCGCCGUCGCGCGGGCAACACGCCGCCCCCACUUCCCCCAGGCUACCGUCACCCCACGGCUACUUACAACGAUGAGUGCGCGCGUCGCUAUACGCAAAACAAAGUCAACGGCCGCGCCUGUCGUCCGUCUCGGCGGUGCGCCGGUGAAUCGGGCGCAAAAGGUGAACGGCACGGUGACGGUGACGAAAGGUUUCAUGAGAAAAACGACGAAAGCCGAUUGGACUCGGACACACAGCCAGACAGCCGAGCGUCUAUCGUUGCGCUGCCGGAAACCGUAGAGCUGGGCCGCAGCGGAAUGCGGGGGAGGGGAGCAAGACUAAACACCAACGUCUAC